AUGAACUCCACAGACCUCAUUGACUCCCUUUCCGAGCCCGAUCCAUUUUAUGUCACCAUUCGGCAUCUGCAUCAUGUCUACGAGUAUCUGUUGGCAACAAUUUCCUUUUCUCUGAAUGGCUGCGUCGUCUAUCUGGCGGUGACGACGAGAAACCCCACCAUGAAGAAUUAUUGUUGGGUUCUGUUAAUGAGCGUGGCUGGUGAUAUGAUUUAUACCUCGUUGAACUUUUUGAGCAUGAUGGUAAGUGUUGGAACAAAUGGGGGAAACGCUGCAAGUGUGGCAAGGGUCUUUGUAAGGCCGGGACUCGAAAAUUUUGAAAACGGACCGGCCGUACUUUUCAUUGGACCAAGCCUGUUAGCAAUUUAUAUUUUACUUUCUUGUACAGUGACGAUCCUAAUCCAGUGGUAAAAAAAAGUACCAUUUUGCAUCCGGGAAGUAUAAAAAAUGUUGCAAAAUGCCUCCUUCUCCUACAGUGGGGGACCUGAUCCAGUGGCAAAAAACGUAUCAUGUUGCUUCCAGGAAGCAUCAAAAAAUGUGGCAAAAUACCUCCCUCUCCAAGCGAAAAAACUGAGAUUUAAAAGCGUUCCCGCUCUUUUUGUGAGGAAGAAGGGCGCGCUCUUCAAAACGAAGUUUUUUCACUUGUAGAGGGAAGUAUUUUGCCACAUUUUUGAUACUUCCCGGAUGCAAAAUGAUACGUUUUUUGCCACUGGAUCGGGUCCCCCACUGUACAAAGAAAACCUCCGUUUUGAAGGGCGCGCCCUUUCCCUCACAAAAAGAUCAGGCGCGCUUUUGAAAUCGGAGCUUUUUCACUUGCAGAGGGAGGUAUUUUGAAAAAUUUUUUGAUACUCCCCGGAUGUAAAAUGGUACGUUUUUUGCCACUGGAUGAGGUCCGCUACUGCAGAGUCAUCCGAAACUGCUGCAUUCAACCGCAUUCCAGAUCGUUGAAAUCCGCGCCGGCAAAAUGUGGUUCAUAACGACCGGCCCAUUUAUUCAUAGUGGCUACCCCUACAACAUGUUAAUGUCGUCGCUCUACCUCUCCGGAAUGUAUGUUACAAUCAUGACAAUUAUGGUUCAAUUCGUCUACCGGUACGAGGUCCUCUGCAAAAACACCACCUCCAUGAAAAAGUUCUUCAAAUUGUAUGCGUUAGGGAUUAUCUGGUCGGUUGUUCAGGGCUUUCUGACCUGGCCAUGUUUCGACCCGCCAAGCGAGGAAGAUACGGCGAUAUUGAAGUCCCAUCCGAUGUACACCUUCGACACUCCCACUUAUGUCAAUGGGGAUGUGGUAGGCGUCGUUGAUUUGGAAAAUUUGAAGAGAAUUUUUUGCAGAAAAACUUGUCCACCAUGAUUCAUUUUACGUCCAGCCAAGUGGUUAUAAUUCUGUUGUACGUAGUGGUCGUAAUUACUGGUCGGCGAAUUCAUAAGGUUCUCAAUUCCGAACAAGUCAAAAUGAGCAAAAAUACAAGAGAUGCGCAGUCGAAAUUGACAACGGUGAUGUUGUUACAGGUGGGUGGGAAAAAACUUCUUUUUGAUGAUGAUUUUAGCUUUCUUUUGGGAGGUUCUUCAAGUGCGACGCUGAGGUUUUGAUGAAAUUUUGGGCACCACAUAAAAAUUCCUGAAAUUUUUAACCCCACGCUUUCCAAUCGCAGCCAAGAAUUCAGUCUUUGGCUUCGAGAGAGCACGCAAAACGCGGAGAUUGACAUGGCUCUCGGGCCAGUUCGAAAAUGACGGCCCGGUCGACGGAGGGGUUCGGCCCGGCCCGUUUCGAAUCUCUUUUGGCCUCGAAACGGGCCGGCCCGAGUAAUGUCUAUGCGGGGAUUCUGACUCAGCCUUUUCAAUGCGAAUUUUGACCAACAUUUAUGUAAAAAGCCUGCCCUGGCGCCAUGUCCAGUCUUAACUAUGUACCCCAAGUGCGACGCUCAGAUUUUCUUUGAAUUUUGCACACACUCCUGGCAUAGGCUGGAUAUCAAUUCCUGAAAUUUUUAGCUCGCGCUUUCCAGGGAUAGCCGAGAUAUUCAACGAUCUUCGCGGACGAGAGAGCAGGCGAAAUGCGGAGAGCGGUCAGAGAAAACUCUUUUGGGCUCUAUCUUUGCCUAUUUCGUGCGGAAAAAAUAAUUUUUUUUGUGGAAGUAUUACCCUCUACGGUAGAAAUAAUCAUGAAACUUUUUAUGCCAAAAUUUACAAAAAAAUUGUUGCAUUUUUUCCAACUUUCGACUAAAAAAUCUCGGUUGUUUCUGCAAACCGCGAACUAGAACACUCGCAUGUGGCUUAGAAAAAAUAGCAGGUUAAAAUUCGCAAAAAACAAAUGUUACAUUUUUUUCAAAUUUCGACCGAAAAAUCUCGGUCUUUUCUGGAAAGAGCAAUCUUUCUAGCUUGCCCUUUCCAGAAAAGAGAAACCUUGCACAUGGCUUACAAAUUGUCAGAAAAAAUUAUCUUACAUUUGUGCCGAGUUUCAUCAAAAUUUGAGCGUUCUACUUUCGCCUUCCCUUGUGCUUCCCUUGACAGUACACUUUCUGCAAAACUUCCGGAUAUAACUGCAAUUGAUUGCAGGCGACCUACCCCGGAAUCAUCGUCGGGACCCCGGUUUUUAUUGGCUGUGGAAUGGCUCAAAUGAAGAUGGAUGUCCUGUGGUCCGGGAUGUAUUUCGUCACUUCGAUCUCAUUUAUUCCAAUCGCCAACGCCUUAACCGUACUUCUCGUGAUUCCAUCGUUUCGGCGGAGAAUUUUCCGAAAAACGGGGAGAAAACUGACGGAUUCCAGUGGCGUCUCUGCACGCUCCAUUGGAGAGUCCGUGGAUCGGCGGAGGCCUUCAGAAGCAUACGCAAUGUCAUGA